AUGUGCCGCUUCCACCAAACCUGUUCGUCUCACUUUCACUGCAAUCAUAGAAUAAUGAGCCCCACGGACCGGAGUCGCUUACUUCUGGCUUCUAUCCGAGAGGGAAACCCCACAAAGACACUUGGCUAUCCCGCUUCACCUGCUAUCCUCUUCCGCCACACCAGCUAUCCUCUUCCACCUCACCUGCUAUCCUCUUCCGCCUCACCAGCUAUCCACCUGCUAUCCUCUUCCCGCCUCAAGCUAUCCUCUUCCACCUCCUCUUCCUCUUCAGCCGCACCUGCUAUUCUCCUCCACCUCACCAGCUAUCAUCUUCCGCCUCACCUGCUAUCCUCUUCCGCCGCAACUGCUAUCCUCUUCAGCCUCACUAGCUAUCCUCUUCCGCUUCACCAGCUGUACUCUUCCGUUACACCAGCUAUCCUCUUCCACCUCGACUACAAUCCUCUUCCGCCUCAACUGCUAUCCUCUUCAGUCUCACCCGCUAUCCGCUUCCACCUCAACUGCUAUCCUCUCCAGCCUCACCUGCUAUUGCCUCAACUGCAAUCCUCUUCCGCCUCAACUGCUAUCAUCUUCCGCCUCAACUGCUAUCAUCUUCCGACUCACCAGGUAUCCUCUUCCGCCUCACCUGCAAACCUCUUCCGCUUCAACUGCUGUCCUCUUCCACCUCACCUGCUAUCCUCUUUCACCUCAGCUGCUAUCCUCUUCCGCCUCACCUGCUAUCCUCUUCCGCUUCACCAGCUAUCAUCUUCCGCCUCACCUGCCAUCCUCGUCCACCUCAACUGCUGUCCUCUUCAGCCUCACCUGCUAUCAUCAUCAUCUGCCUCAAUGACUAUCCUCUUCCGCCUCACCAGCUAUCCGCUUCUACCUCACCUGCUAUACUAUUCCGCUUCACCAAGUAUCCCCUUCCAACUGCUAUCAUCCUCUUCCGCCUCACCUGCUAUCCUCUUCCGUCUCACCUGCUAUCCUCUUCCGCUUCAACAGCUGUCCUCUUCCGUCUCACCUGCUAUCCUCUUCCGCCUCACCUGCUAUCCUCUUCCACCUCAACUACUAUCCUCUUCCGCUUCACCAGCUAUCCUCUUCUGUCUCACUUGCUAUCCUCUUCCGCCCUAA